ACAAUAUUUUAUGCUGGCGGAUGCCUUUUCGCAUUGUGUCUUUUAUCAAUGUAGUACGUACUAUAAUUUGUGAGCUCGUGAUAGUUUUAGAAAUGAACAACGAUUAUUGCAUUUUGGUGGAGUUUGUGAACGAAGAAAAUUCUAUAGCCGUCGGAUACAGAGAUUGGUUGAUAACCAAAUUCGACGACCAAUGUUUACAAAAUGCCAUUGACGAACAAACCAUUGUUCAAAUACGGUGGCCUUUAUGCGAAAUAAAAAGUGCAUUGUCCAUGAAAAGGAUUAUUAAGAAACUACAAGAGAAAGAUUGGCUCUCAGCAGCAGUAAAAAUACAUGCAUUUGGAGAGUGGACAGUUAUGCACAAACAACUUGCCGACCUAGAAAAAUAUAAUAUUGCAAAUCCAUGUAAAGAAGAUCGUAAAAAAGUUAUGAAAAAAUCUUUUAGCGAUAGUGAUUAUGAUAACUCUGAUCAGGAAAAUAAAGUUACGAAGAAUAAGAAAAGGAUGGACACUAAAGAUAACUUACGUUGUAUGUCCUCUAAGAUUAAGCAACAAGAUAUUCUAUCUCAACUAAAGACUACUGAUGUCAAUUUAAAGGAUGAUUCAUUCAGUUUGCUGGAUGAAAGUGAUGAAACAUCUUUCACUGAUGACAGUUGCGAAUCUAAAAGUAAAAAGAAUAUAUAUUUGUUAAACCUACAGGAAAAAAUAAAAAGCUUACGAAAACAAAAUAAACAACUCCAGAAUGAGGUUAAAGCGUUGAAAGACAAAACAUCCAUUACAUUAGAAAAUAAAAUGGAAAACUUGGAUAAAAUGGUGGAUAAAUUAGCUAUUAAAAUACAAAACGCUAAUAAGUGUGUCGCAGAGCUAAACAAAAACAUACCCGCAAAAGUUUUCCAGAAGCAGCAGUUAUAUCCAAGCGUGACACAUAUAAAAAAUGAAGAUACAUUUCAAAACGAGCAAAUACAAUAUGAUGAUUUUAUUCCUGUUAUAAAUGCAGUCAUGGAGCAUGAUGAGGCUAAUGAUAUCGAAGAAGAACUCGUAAUGGAUGUGCUAACAGAUUUUAAAAAAGUAAAAGGAGUGAAACAAUGCGAUAAAAUGCAUAACAAAUUUGAAAGAGAUGUAAAGAAAAAUACAUCUGAACCUAAAAUAAAUGAUAGGUUAACAAAUUUUAAAGAAGUAAAAGAACUGAAGCAAUGCGAUAAAAUGCAUGAUAAAUUAGAAAGAGAUAUGAAGAAAGAUACAGCUGAAUCUAAAAUAAUUGAAAAAAUUAACGACAACAAGAUAGUCUCAAUCGGUCGAGGUGUCACCAUUUCUCAAUCUAUGAUGCAGAACAUAAGAACAAGUGACAUUGGAAAAAUGACUUGCGAUUUAAUGUCUUGUAUUUUUACAAACAAGGAGAUGGCUUCUUCAUCCAGAACGGGGAAAAAAAAUAAUAAGGUUAAAUCUGAAGAAAAUAGUAAUAAAAAACCUUUGGACUGCAAUAAGUUGCUUGCAAUUAAAGAUUACGUACUCAGCCAAUUUAAAAAUACACCAAAUGGAGAAAAGUUAUUCAACACUACUGUUUCGAACAAAUGUAAGAAUGUUGCUCGGAACUACAAAUGAAUUGAUGCUUUCAUUAAUAUAAGUAUUAAUUAUACUCUAAAAUACCGUAUUUUUUAGUUUAAUCAUUUUUGUAAGAUCUGUCCAUAGGAAAAAAUUAUACAAAAAUUACUGCA